AUGACAUCUCGUGCUGACAAGUUCGCCGCUCUGCGUGAAGCGAGAGCCAAGGGAGGCCGACUGCAGCAGUGGAAGCCAGAGGAUGCCGAGCUGUACGACACGGUGACAGAUGAUCAAUACCGAUCCAUUGUUGGGAAUCGUCUAAAUCAGGACGACUUCAUCGAGGAUGACGAUUGGAGUGGCUAUGUGGAUAAUGGUGCGGACGACUGGGAUGGGGCAGAGAACGAGGAAGAGAGCGAGGACGAGGACGCGUUUGACGGCGAAGACGAGGAGCUAAGACGAGCGCGACGUCUGAAAAGGGCGAAGCAGCGAGCGAGGGAAGAGAAGAAGGGCGCUUCGAACUCCAAGCUCAAGACAAAAUCUGCUUUCUCAGACUAUGCUCGUCCAUCCGCUUCCACAUCCACAUAUCGUGCCGCCCCAUCUGCGAUCCAAGAGGACGAUUUCAUGGCCUCACUCCUAUCCUCCGUGACUGCGACGACGGGCGAAGCAUCUCGGAAACGCAAGUCUUCGCCUGACAUGCCUAGCUCUGACCAGCCCGAACCGAGCUCAGAAGGCAGCUACUUUGAGACUCGCAAGCGAUACGAGCUGGAGGAGGACGAAGAUUUAUGGGCUCAUCAGAAGAAACCUCGUGUAUCGGACAUCACCGUGGUACCGGACGAGAAUACUGAAAUGGAUGUCGAUGUAGGUGUGGAUGUCAAGCCUGAACCUUUGGAGUAUGACGAGGAUGUGGAGAUCCGCGUCAGGGAUCAGACGAGACCUUUGGCCACGUCCAACAAGGUCAAUGGUGGUAUCACGCGCCGGAAGGUCGUCAAUGCUAUCAAGAGUCACAAGAUAGAAACCAAGGCAGAGAUCAAGGGAGAAGAGAAGCCUCUUCGCACCAGACCGGCAGCGACGACAGCGACACAUUGGUCAUCGAUCCAAGAGUCUCUCCUUCCUCAACCAAAAGUCUCUGAUCUGGACGAGGUUGCCGUUGUGUCAGGGAGCGGAUCCGUCAAGGUGGAGAACAUCAUGGAUGAGGACGGAAGUCUGAAGAUCUUCUGGCUCGACUUUAUGGAGCAGGAAGGGGUCAUGCACCUCGUCGGCAAAGUUCUCGAUCGCAAAAGUGGCAAAUAUGUCAGCGCGUGCGUGUCGGUCAAUGGGAUCAAGAGGAAUCUCUUUGUCAAGCCGAGAGCGAAGCAGUUUUCCGGGGGCUUUGAGACCGACAUUGAAGUCACCAAGACCGACGUAUACCAAGAAUUUGACUCUGUGCGUCGCAAGGCCGGAAUCGAUCAAUGGGCAUCCAAAUUCGUCAGUCGCAAGUAUGCGUUCGAAAUGCAGGAUGUGGAGAAGGGCGAAUCAGAAUGGCUCAAAGUCGUGUAUGGCUUCGAUCAGCCGGAAAUACCCAUGGACACGUCUGGUUCAACCUUCAGUCACGUCUUUGGUACCAACACCUCUGCAUUCGAGCUCUUUGUCGUAAAACGCAAGAUCAUGGGACCAUGCUGGCUGAAAAUCACAGGCGCCGAACAGAGUUCUAAAGCUAUGUCUUGGUGUAAAGUCGAGUUCACGGUUGACGAUCCAAAAUCCGUCGAGCCCGUCUCCGAGGCAGACGCCGCCACAUUGAAGCAGACCCCACCACUUACCAUCAUGAGUCUAUCCAUGCGAACGAUUGUAAAUCAUCGGGAGAAUAAGACAGAGCUGCUAUGUGUGACUGCAAGGACAUGGGACGGAUGCAACAUUGAUGACCCGACACCGCCCGACAAGCAGCCAUCUCGAGUCAACACCAUCAUUCGGCCGAUUGAGAAAUUCCCUCCUGGCCUCGAAGCGCGAGCCAAGGCGGAGCGAUCGCCUUUUCAAACGGUCAAAGCGGAGCGGGCUCUGUUGAACGCAUUGCUGGCGACGAUACACCGCUACGAUCCUGAUGUGAUUGUCGGACAUAACUUUCUGGGAAACACAUUCGAAGCCAUGCUCUACCGUAUGAAGGAACUCAAAGCCGAUCAGUGGUCCAGAAUCGGCAGAUUCAGGCGGAAAAACUUCACCAUCUCGAAAGCUGGGACCAACGUCAGGUUGAUGGCUGGGAGAUUGGUAGCGGACCUGUCAAGUGAUGCCGCAAAGGGCAUGAUUUCCUCGACCACAUGGUCACUUACUGAGAUGUGUAGCACCCAUCUCAAAGUCCAACGAGAGGACAUCGAUCCCGAAGACACCCAUACUUACUUUGACCACACCUUGUCUGGCCCUGACAAAUUGGUCAAAUACAUCCGGCUAUGCGAAGUCGACGCAUACUUUCAGAUGGCCAUCGCGGCUCGUGUACAAAUGCUGCCGCUCACAAAGCAGCUCACAAAUCUUGCUGGAAAUUCCUGGAACUUGACACUGAACGGUGGACGUGCGGUUCGAAACGAGUUCAUCUUGUUACACGAAUUUCACAGGCUAAAAUACGUUUGUCCCGACAAGGUCUUCUCUAAGAAGAGCCGUGUGGUCGACGAGGAUGAGGAUGCUCCACCUGCCAAGACACGAGGAAAGGCAAAGUACGCCGGAGGGCUGGUGUUCGAGCCAAAGAGGGGUUUAUGGGACACAUACAUCCUUGUCAUGGACUUCAACUCGCUAUACCCUAGUAUCAUCCAGGAAUUCAACAUUGACUUCACCACUGUGGAGCGCGACGAUGAGGUCGAAGGCGAAGAGGAAAAGAUUCCCGAUAUACCGGGUUCAGAUGUGGCUCAAGGUGUCCUUCCACGAAUCAUUGCCACGCUCGUUGGUCGACGUCGGCAGGUGAAGGGAUUGAUGAAGGACAAAUCGGCGACUCCUGCGCAGCUUCAACAGUACGAUAUCCGACAACAAGCUCUCAAACUCACCGCCAACUCCAUGUACGGAUGUCUUGGAUUUGCGGGGUCGCGAUUCUCUUCGAGACCGCUAGCAGCUCUUACAACUUUCAAAGGCCGUGAGAUUCUGACCCAUACACGUGAACUGGCCGAGUCGCUCCAGCUAGAUGUGGUCUACGGAGAUACCGAUUCCGUCUUUGUCAAUUCUAAUGUCACAACCUACCCUGAAGCCCUCAAGAUCGCCAACGACCUGAAGAAACUCGUCAAUGAGCGGUACAAGCUGCUCGAAAUUGAUCUCGAUGCUGUCUUUGAGCGCAUCCUCCUCCUCAACAAGAAGAAGUACGCUGCCGUUAAAAUCGACGAGAGCGGGGAAAAGGCCACGGAAGUCAAAGGAUUGGACAUGAAGCGACGAGAGUUUUCAAAGAUCUCCAAAGACUCUUCAAGCGCGGUACUGAAGGAAAUCUUGUCGGGGGAAGCUACGGAGAUUGUCGUCUCAAAGAUACACGAUUUCUUGACCGCUCUCGGCGAGACCGUCAGAAACGGCACCAUCCCUCUGGAGGACUUUAUCAUCUUUAAGCGGCUUGGAAAGAACCCAGAAGACUAUCCGGACAAGAAAUCUCAGCCUCAUGUGCAAGUAGCACUGCGCAUGAAAUCAAAGGGUGCCUCAGUUCGAGCCCACGAUGUCAUUCCCUACAUUAUGUGCCUGGGAGCCGAUGGCAAGUCUGCAAAGACAGCUCAGGCAGACAGAGCUUUCCAUCCGGAUGACCUGAGACGGCAGGGCUCAGAGCUCAAAAUAGAUUACGAUUUUUACCUCGACGGACAAAUACUUCAACCUAUACUUCGUCUUUGCGAAUCUAUUGAAGGCACAGAUCGCGCGCGGUUAGCGGAAUGCCUCGGUCUCGAUCCCACUCGGUAUGCUCAGACCACGCACGAGGUUGGAGAGAAGCAAUUCUUCACGUUUGAGUCGCAAAUAUCGGACAAGGAGAGAUUCAAGGAGUCUGAUCCAUUGAGCAUACGUUGCGCGUCGUGUGACACGGUGUUCUGCUUUGAUGGAUUGGUUGAUGGAUCGACGGUUGUCCAGCCUAGCGGCAUAUUAUGUCCGGCAUGCUCCACAGCACUGCACACUGCCAGUCUGGCGGUUCAGCUGGAGAACCAGAUCCGCGCUCAUAUCUCGAAAUAUUAUCUCGGCUAUACGGUCUGUGAUGGUGAAGGCUGCGGUGCACGAACGAGAAUGAUGGGUGUCUACGGAAGACGUUGUCUUGGUCUAGUCAAGGAGGGUUGUAAAGGCUCAGUGCGCCUUGAGUACUCUGACUCCAUGCUGUACAACCAGCUCUUGUAUUACGCGAGCCUGUUCGACGUCCACAAAGCCAUGGACAAUGUCCGUGGCACUGGACGCUUUGAGGAAAUAAAUGCUCUUGCAAAUGCCAAUGCUGCUGCGUUCGCCGAGCUGGCAGCCGUGACGGACAAGUAUCUCGACAAGAAUGGUCGCAGAUAUGUGGACAUGGGCGGAUUGUUUAAAUUUAUGGAGAAAUUCAAGAUCUAA